AGCCGCUUUGAGCACACAAGGGUUGAGGAAUCUCUCCUCUCAAUGUUUAAACUCUAAAGUGUGUCGGAUAAUCUGUAUUUUUAACAUUUCUCCGCAAUGUCUCGGGGUUCAAACGCUGGCUUUGACCGCCAUAUCACCAUCUUCUCUCCAGAAGGGCGCUUGUAUCAAGUCGAGUACGCCUUUAAGGCCAUCAGUCAGAGCGGACUGACCACCGUGGGCAUCAGAGGACAAGACUGUGCCAUCGUUGUCACGCAGAAGAAAAUUCCAGACAAGCUUCUGGAUGCUUCUACGAUUACAAACAUGUUCCGCCUCACGCCGCGCAUUGGAUGUGUGAUGACUGGACAUUAUGCCGACAGUCGCUCUCAGGUGCACCGUGCCCGCGUGGAGGCCGCUGAAUGGAAGUAUAAGAAUGGGUAUGACAUCACGGCGGACAUGUUGUGUCGACGCAUCGCUGAUAUCUCGCAGGUUUACACACAAAACGCUGAGAUGAGGCCUCUGGGCUGCUGUAUGAUGCUGAUAGCUGUGGAUCCUCAGCACGGCCCCGUCCUGUAUAAGUGCGACCCGGCCGGGUAUUUCUGCGGUUUUCACGCCACGGCUGUCGGAGCCAAACAGACGGAGGCCAACAGCUACCUGGAGAAAAAAAUGAAGAAAAAACCAGAGCUUACAUUUGACAGGACAGUACAGUUGGCGAUCUCCUGCCUCUCGUCAGUCUUAUCGAUGGACUUUAAGGCCACCGAGCUGGAGGUGGGCGUGGUUAGUAAAGACAAGCCCAAGUUCAGAACUCUAAGCGAGAAGGAGAUCGAGACUCACCUGGUGGCGAUAGCAGAGAGGGAGUAGGCGUGUCUUUAUAAACCACGCCCGUCGUAGGUGGGGUCACCACGUUGAACCUGCUGUCAUGUUUCAGUAUAGCUGGUUUUUUUCUAAUAAUAAUUUCUCAUAAGUAACACACACCAUGUUGCAGUUUUAUUGAGUCCCAGAUGAGACGAAACAUCUUCACCGAGAGGAAUUUAAUGAUGAUGAUGACAUACAUGUAUAUCUCUAUAGGUAUAUAUUUUAUUAUUAAAGACUCCGUUUGACUUGCAGCACAUCGCUGAAAUAAAACUCAACACCUUAGACCAA